AUGGACGACAUAACCAAGAUGGAUCUCUAUGAAUUAUUUGGUAUUGAUGAAACAUGUUCAACGAAAGAAUUAACAACAGCAUUUCGAAGAAAAGCGUUAGAAUGCCAUCCAGAUAAAUUUCCAGAUGAUCUUAGCAAACGAGAUCUAUUUUUACUUAUUAGAAAAGCAUUAGAACUAUUAACAGAUACACAAGCUCGACAAGCUUAUGAUGCGUGUCGAAAACAAAAGAAAAUUCAACAAGAACGUUUGUCACAAAUGGAUGAUAAGCGAAAAAAAUUUAAAGAAGAUCUCGAACGUAAGGAAGAAAGAGCAACAAAGGCACCAACUUCAACCGUUAAUAAAUCAAAUUCUGACAAGCUACGUACGGAAGUUGAACGUUUAAGACGUGAAGGAAGUCGUCUUGUUGAUGAAGAGCUUGAAAAACUUCAUAAGAUGUUUGAACAAAAUAAGCAAAAACCUUCAUCUAAUCAUGUAGAAAUAAUUAUUAAAUACGCUCCAAAUACUUCACCUUAUACAGAUGAUGAACUUCGGCAAGUAUUUACAAAAUUUGGCAAUAUUUCAACGAUUAUUAACAAGAAUGUUAAACGUGCAUUAAUUGAAUUUGAUCAAGAUCAUGUAUCAAAUUUUAUUGAAAGUGAAAAAGGUUUGGAUGAUCGACCGUUUGCUUCGGUAAAAAUUCAAAAAAAAUCAAAUACAACUACGCCAUCAUCAACAGCAGCAACAUCAACGAAAAAACAAACUACUUUUGUAGAUUUAACGCAACCUGAUUUCGAAGACUUUGAAGCUAUUAUCAUGAGAAAAAUGUCACAGCAAAAUGCUGCUUCCUAA